ACAAAUCAUCCGCCAAGGCAAAAAUAAAAGAAAACUGCAGCCGCACAACCAGCCAACAACACACACACACACAAGCACCACCACCACACGAGGCCGAACAACCACAACUCACCACCCUCACCUCGCAACUGCCACCAACCCCUCGACCAAACACAAGCACCACCACCCGCCACGAUGAGCCAACCUCAGGCCGCUGCCCCCGCCGCUCCCGCCGCCCCUGCCGCUGGCGGCAACCAAGGCGGCGUCUACAAGGACAAGUCCAAGCCCGCCACCGUGCGCAUGUCCAACAUUGCCGCCGCAAAGGCCGUCGCCGAUGCCGUUCGCACCAGUCUUGGCCCCAAGGGCAUGGACAAGAUGAUCCAGAAGGCCGAUGGCAGUGUCACCAUCACCAACGACGGUGCCACCAUCCUCGACCUCAUCGACGUCCUUCACCCUGCCGCAAAGAUGCUGGUGCAGCUGUCCAAGGCACAGGAUGUGGAGGCUGGCGAUGGCACAACCUCCGUUGUGGUGAUUGCCGGUAGCCUGCUCAAUGCCUGCGAGCGCCUUCUCAGCAAGGGCAUUCACCCCAGCGAGAUCUCCAACGCCUUUGGCCUGGCCGCCGCAAAGAGCGCAGAGAUCCUCGAGGCCAUGUCGACGCCGAUUGAGCUGUCUGACCGCGAGGAGCUGAUCAAGAGCGCAAAGACAUCGCUCAACUCGAAGGUCGUGUCGCUGUACGCCGACACGAUUGCCCCCAUUGUCGUCGAUGCCGUGCUCAAGGUUGCCGACCAGGAGGCCUGCACCGUCGACCUCAACGACAUCAAGCUCAUCCAGAAGCUCGAUGGCACCAUUGAGGACACAGAGCUUGUUGACGGCGUUGUGAUUGACAAGCACUUUUCGCACCUCAUGAGCAACCGCGACUCGCAGGACAACGCAAAGAUUGCCCUUGUCCAGUUCUGCCUCUCCGCCCCAAAGACAGACCUUGACAACCAGGUUGUGAUUUCGGACUAUUCUCAGAUGGACCGCGUGCUGAAGGAGGAGCGCAAUUACAUUAUGAACCUGUGCAAGAAGAUCAAGAAGUCUGGCUGCAACGUCCUCCUCGUCCAGAAGAGCAUCCUCAGGGAAGCUGUGAGCGACCAGGCGCUGCACUUCCUCAACAAGAUGAAGAUCAACGUUGUCAAGAACAUUGAGCGCGACCAAGUUGACUUCAUCUGCAGGUCGCUCGGGUGCCGGCCAAUUGCGCACAUUGACGACCUGACCCCCGACGUGAUGGCAACGGCGGAUCGCGUCGAGGAGGUCUCCACAGGCAGCACAAAGAUCCUCAAGGGCAUGAUCACGGACAUUCUUGAGGAGAAUGUUGUGCAGCCGCUGCUGGUGUCGACGAGCGCCGUUGUGUUUGCUGCCGAGACGGUCCGCAGCAUCAUGAAGAUUGACGACAUUGUCACCGUGCGCUAAAGGCGACUGCAACUGCCACAGCCAUCGCCCACACCCACAUCAAUCCAUGAACGCGCCCACCCGCCCACUCGCUGUUGUCUCACGUGAAUGCGUAGUCGCGUGGUGCGGGUUGUGCCCCCUGGGUAUCCCACUCCCUGUCCCCCCCCCCCCCUUCCAGUUCUCAGCACCUAUCAUCCCGCUAGCUUGCUGUGUCGAGUCCUCGUCUUUGUGUGUUUGUGCCAUGUUGCCCUUGUUGUCGUGUGAGUGGUGUGUCUGUGCGUUGUUGAGGGCCUUGGCUCUUCGCGCUCCCAACACUUUUCUGUGUGCACGUGUUUGUGUGUUUGAUUUCCCUUUGUCGCUGUGUAUGUGUAGACGUGAGGGUUUCGGUUCAUGUUGUCUUAAGCCAAAAUGUAAUGUGACACGCCAACAGAAAAGGGAAUCAAGCAAGCAAGCGUUUACACGGGUGGAC